GUGAAACUGCACACAACCAUCCAUCUUCUUCUUCUUCUUCCUUAAGAGAGUUUUUCUUUUUACCUUUGGAAGCAAGAAAAAUGUUUAUCCAGAGUUUUAAGGUGGAGAGUCCCAACGUGAAAUACACAGAGAGUGAGAUUGAGUCUGUGUAUAACUACGAAACCACUGAACUUGUUCACGAGAACAAGAAUGGCAGUUAUCAGUGGGUUGUGAAGCCUAAAACUGUGAAAUAUGAAUUCAAAACAAACACCGAUGUGCCUAAACUAGGGGUAAUGCUUGUUGGUUGGGGUGGAAACAAUGGCUCAACGCUCACCGGUGGUGUUAUUGCUAACAGAGAGGGUAUAUCAUGGGCAACAAAGGACAAGAUUCAACAGGCCAAUUACUUUGGGUCUCUGACCCAGGCAUCAGCUAUCAGAGUAGGGUCUUUCCAAGGAGAGGAAAUAUAUGCUCCUUUCAAGAGUCUGCUUCCAAUGGUAAACCCUGAUGAUAUUGUGUUCGGGGGAUGGGAUAUCAGCAACUUGAACCUGGCUGAUGCCAUGGCCAGGGCCAAGGUGUUUGACAUCGACCUGCAGAAACAGUUGAGGCCUUACAUGGAAUCCAUGACUCCACUCCCUGGAAUCUUUGAUCCCGAUUUCAUUGCUGCCAACCAAGGAGACCGUGCCAACAACGUCAUCAAGGGCACAAAGAAAGAACAAGUGCAACAAAUCAUCAAAGACAUUAAGGAGUUUAAGGAAAAGAGCAAGGUUGACAAGGUGGUUGUGCUCUGGACAGCCAACACAGAGAGGUACAGCAACGUAGUUGUGGGAUUAAACGACACCGAGGAAAACCUCUUGGCUUCCUUGGACAGGAACGAGGCUGAGAUUUCCCCUUCCACCUUGUAUGCCAUUGCUUGUGUCAUGGAAAAUGUUCCCUUCAUAAAUGGAAGCCCUCAGAACACCUUUGUCCCAGGGCUGAUUGAUCUGGCCAUCAGGAGGAACAGUUUGAUUGGAGGAGAUGACUUUAAGAGUGGUCAGACCAAAAUGAAAUCUGUGUUGGUGGAUUUCCUUGUGGGGGCAGGCAUCAAGCCAACAUCAAUAGUGAGUUACAACCAUCUGGGAAACAAUGAUGGUAUGAAUCUUUCAGCCCCUCAAACUUUCCGCUCCAAGGAAAUUUCCAAGAGCAAUGUUGUUGACGACAUGGUCAACAGCAACGCCAUCCUCUAUGAACCUGGCGAACAUCCUGACCAUGUUGUUGUUAUUAAGUACGUGCCUUACGUUGCGGAUAGCAAGAGGGCGAUGGAUGAGUACACUUCAGAGAUAUUCAUGGGUGGAAAGAACACAAUAGUGUUACACAACACCUGUGAGGAUUCACUGUUAGCUGCUCCUAUUAUCUUGGACCUGGUUCUUCUUGCUGAGCUUAGCACUCGAAUCCAAUUUAAAGCUGAAAAUGAGGGCAAGUUUCACUCAUUCCACCCCGUUGCCACCAUCCUCAGUUACUUGACCAAGGCCCCUCUUGUUCCACCUGGUACCCCAGUGGUGAAUGCAUUAUCAAAGCAGAGAGCUAUGCUGGAAAAUAUCAUGAGGGCUUGUGUUGGAUUAGCUCCCGAGAACAACAUGAUCCUGGAGUACAAGUGAAGUAGGAAUGAGAGAGCUACGAUUUGGGGAUAGUUUGGUUAAAUGUGCCUAUAACUGAACUUAUAUCCCAUACCCUCUUUUUCUGAUAUCUAUUGCAAAAUGUGAAUUUAAAGAUCGUACAUCUCUGUGUCUUUGUUCCUGUGUCUUUGUUCCUGCGACUCAUUUGAGAGCAGGCUAUCUAUGCAUGUAAAAUAAUACAAGUUAUUCAAGUGUCUCGUGCUUAA